AUGACACGGAGGGUCGCCCUGAGAAUGAAUCUGAGCUGGUGGCUUCAUCGCCAACCAGCGAGGAUGAGGCAAGGAGAUCAGUACGAUGACAGAGUGGCUAAUGAGUUUGUCCACGAAUAUGUCAAAAGUAUCACCGCCGCGAUAAUCAUCCUCCCGACCACUCUCGUCUACUUUCUACUCAUGCUUGACGGUUCCAUAAUCUCCGUGGCCAUUCCUGCCAUCAUCACCGAGUUCGACUCGCUGCUCGAUAUUGCUGGUAAGACCUACAUUGAUAUUGUAACCGGGUUCUGUUCUGACGACUACUCUCCAGAUAAGGGUGCGACUCAGGCCAUCGCGGACGCGGUCACCAUCGCUAUCACGCUAAAGCUAGCGAAGAAGGAGCAGGCGCCGCUCGCCCUCCGUACGAUGGAGAAAAUGAGAUACGAGCUUUGCAAGAUCGGCCAGAUGAUGGGCAUUAAUACGCGCAACGUGUGGCUGAGAACGGACUGGGAGGGAGUGGCAAGGAACAAGCAGGUUCUAGCCCAGCCGCAACCCGACCGGCUCUUCACUCACGACUCUCAAGCAUACGCAUACGAGGAAUUUGAGACGGCGGCUACGGCGGUCUUGACAGGGAACUCUACGAGCCGCGGAAUGUGCCGGACGAAGGGUCAAAUCCGCGCACCACAGACUUAA